CGCGCACUACUCUGACGCGCUUUGUUUCUGUUGCCCGUUCUGUAACUGUUGGUGAAUUCAAGUCCGUCAGUGAAACUUGAGCCGUUCGGUGAUUUCAGUGCAGUAACUGUGGUUUACCUGUAUGGAUCGUUCGAACUGUUAACACUACAAUAUUGUGAUCGCGCAAGUGGAAUUUUCUGUGAAUUAUAAAAAAAAGAAAACAAAAAUCAAAAUAUAGAGUUUAGUACUUAAUUUCCCAUUUCGUGUUUUAUCGUCGGUACGUACCUAACAACUUUGACAGUUCUGAACUAAAAUACAAAUUUGAUUAAAUAAGAAAAUUAAAAAAUUCCCUUUAAAAAAAAACUGAAGUUUCCGUUGGAUAAAGUGACUUAUAGGAAAUACAAAAUUGUGCGUUGUGUUAAAUCUAACUGCAUGUUGACAAAAGAAAAAGAUACCAGCAGUCUCUGGUCAUGUUGAUUGAAUCGGGUGUGAAUCGUGAAUUUGGAUCGUUACCAUCAUCAGCUCAGUGGAAAAUGGAGCCACCGAGAAUACCAAUGACAGGUGGCGCUUCAAUACCACCACCUCCACCAAAUGUUGGUCUCACACCAUCAGUGCAAAUGCCUGGAUCUGCCCUCUUUCCCGGAGGAUCUCCAUCGCCUACAACUCUCAGUGCAUUUGUAUCCCAGCAACGUAUACUUGAGUUAUCCCGCUUUGGUCUACGAGGCUAUGAUAUUGCCCAGCAUAUGCUCACACAACAAGGUGCUGUUUCCAAAUUACUUGGUUCCCUACGACCACCUGGUCUAAUUGGUGGCUCGAAGCCAAAGGUAGCAACACCAACUGUGGUAUCCAAGAUCGAGCAGUAUAAACGGGAGAAUCCGACAAUUUUCGCUUGGGAAAUACGCGAGCGUUUGAUCUCAGAAGGUGUUUGCACGAACGCAACAGCUCCUUCGGUGUCGUCUAUUAAUCGGAUUCUGCGUAAUCGAGCGGCGGAACGUGUUGCUAGUGAGUUCGCCCGGACAGCAGCUUACGGAUUGUAUACUCCUCAUCCUUAUGGCGGCUUCGGGUGGCAUCCGGCGGCUGCAGCAGCAGCUGCGGCUUCCAGCCAACAGCACUUCUGGUCGACAGCUGGACCACCAAGUUUGUCCUCGGUGCCCGUUGGUGGGUCUCCACUCACUGUGUCAAGGCCUAUUUCUCCGGGUUCGGGAAGUCACGACACUCUGGAGUCACCAGAUGAGAAUCGUUUGAUUGAUUCCGAUUAUUUAGAUGAUGACGAUGAGCCGAAGUUUAGGAGAAAUCGCACAACAUUCAGUCCUGAACAAUUGGAAGAGCUUGAGAAAGAGUUCGAUAAAUCGCACUAUCCCUGUGUCAGUACUCGAGAACGGCUUUCCAGUCGAACCUCUCUCAGUGAAGCCCGAGUCCAGGUUUGGUUUUCCAACAGAAGAGCGAAAUGGCGCCGGCACCAACGAAUGAAUCUGUUGAAGCGACGUUCCAGUCCAACCAUGGGUCAACAGCAGCAGCAGCAGCGAUCUCUCGUCGAUUCGCCGCCACCUCUCAACACCAGCAGCGGCAAUCAGCAGCACCAACAACAGCAUACCAUCCGUACUUCCGGCAACGAGGACCAGCAUCAGCAUCAGCAUGGUGCCUUAACGUCCCAUCAGCAUCAUCAGCAGCAACAGCAGCACCACCACCUCCACCACCAGGUGUCCACCUCCGAAACUACAGCCAGCAUGCGAUCAUCGCUGAAUCACGCCCUGCAGCCCCAUCACCAUCAUCAGUCGCCUUCGCAACCGUUGCUCCUCAAUCCACACCAUUAUCCACAUCAGCACUAUCCCCAUCCGUCGGCCAGGGCGUCCAGUCUCAGCCCGAAGUCACCGACAGCAGCGCCACCAUCCCCGCAGACGGCGGCGGCAUCCGAGAAACCUCCCAGCCAAUCAUCAGGCACAGCAUCAGCUCCAUUAUCAAUGGGCGGUGAACGGAGUGCGUUCCGGUCCCUGGUCGCUGGGUCUCCCUCCGCGGCGGCCUUUGCACUCGGCCUGGCCCGACAAUACGCCGUCGCUGCCUCACUCUCCCAGCAGCAGCUCCAACACCACAACCAUCAUCAGGCUGAAGACUCCGACUCGGACGAGGAAAUCAACGUUCACGACGAUUCCGACAACGAUUCUCUGCCCCCAACAGCAGCAGCAGCGGCGGCGGCAACCACCGGCACCACCGGUCAAAACCACAAAGCACCGCUCCAGUUGACCAAGCAUGACCGUUAGUUAAAUGAAUUCAUUAGUUUUAUGUUAAUACGUUGUACAUACGAAGAAUAAUCUACGAUAGUUUCCUAUAAUUUUACCCAGUUACCGUUACCAGUGUAAUCGAAUGUUUGUGAUUAAUUUUUAAGCAGAUUUAUUUUGUAUUUUCAAAGAAUUUGAAUUUAUCUCUCGCCUAAGAUAUACUACAUUAAAAAAUGAAAGAUACUGAGAUAGUUUUUGUUUAAAUAAUUAGAUUUCUAUUCCUAAGCCAAAGUUAGUAGCUGCUGUCUUGUUUUGUUAAAAAUGUUUGUUUGCAUUUUGCUAUAAUUAGUGUUUUAGUUUUUAACAAAACAAAUUAAUAAAAAGGCUACCAGUUUGCAAUAUAAAUGAUAAUUUGAUUAUAUAUAAAAUGUGGAUUAAAAAAAAAAACUUAAAUCGAUAUUUACCUAUCUCUAAACUUAGAUUUAAAGAAGAAAAGAAGAAUUAUAGAUAAGAUUCUAGGCAAUUUAUAGAUAAUAAGAUUAUAUGAAUAAAAAUUAUAGCAGAUAUAUUUUUUCUGAGUAAAAACACCCAAACUUCUUCUGUCUCCUAAAUAAAUGAGUGUUUUUCAUUAACUGUUUCAAAUUCAAUCAAGAAAUUAUAUAAAAUAAAAUAAUUCAAAUUUAA